AUGUCUGAAUCAUCCUCUUGUGUUGUGUGUAUUCUAUUACUUGAUUUUAGAGAUGAUCCGAUAUCGGAACAUGAUGAUGAUGAAAACAAUCAAGUUGUCUUUCAUUGGUCUGAACUUGCUCAUCAAUUGAAAGAUAAAUUUCAUCAAGAGGCUAUCCAAAUGGCCAAACGACGGGAUGAACAUUUUCAACAAUUGAUAUCCUUGGUGCCAGCUAAACGAAGCAAUUAUUUGAAAAAGAAUUGGUGGCCGGAUCCCAACGAUCGAUUGAUCAUGCUGAAAGCCUGUGCUUUAGAUGGUAGCCUGUUAGAGCAUGUCCCAGAGCCAUUUCAAAAUGAUAAAUUAAUUGUUUGGAGAGCUGGAACGCUGCAGUUUGCCUCUGAGGAGUUAAGAAGUGAUCGUGAGUUUGUUUGUCAAUUCUUGAAAGCGCACGGCAUUGCGAAUUUUCGAUUUAUAUCCAAAGAAUUACAAAAUGAUCGAGAGCUUGUCUUCUUAGCGGUGAGACAAAAAGGAACUCUUUUGCAAUAUGCUUCUCCAACAUUGCGCAAUGAUAAGGAAAUUGUUUUUGAAGCCAUUAUUGAGAAUGCAAUUGCUAUGGAAUUUGCUUCUGAUUCUCUCAAGGACGAUUUAACAUUUGCUUGGAAAGUAUUUGAAAUAUCUGCGUAUUCACUCAUCUUUUUUUCUGAGAGAGUACGUUCUGAGAGGGAGUUAAUGUUACAAGCAUGUGAAAUAUAUGGAGAAAUAUUAGAUUAUCUUCCCACCGAUCUUCGAAACGAUCGAGAGAUUGUAUUAGCUUCAAUGACUUUUGACUAUCAUGCAUUUCAGUUCGCUUCUGAGCAAUUAAGAAGUGACAAAGAAAUUGCCCUGAAGGCAGUUCAAAUAGCUGGAUCAAACUAUGCAUAUAUUGGAAAAUCUUUAAAGAAUGAUAAGGAUGUACUUCUUGCUGCAAUCAGAAGUGACAAUUUUCAACCAAAUAUGACUCCAGAUGAAUUUAGAAAAGACCCUGAUGUGCUGGAAGCCAUUCAGCAAAGCAACAACUGCCACAACGCCAACUUUCCUCUCAUACAGGACCUAGAUAAUCGAGAAAUGAUAUUGAAAACUGUAUCGACAAAUGGUCUAAAUCUAAAACACCUGUCAACGAUUCAUCGUGAUGACGAAGAGAUUGUUUUGAAGGCGGUUCGACAAAAUGGUAAAUCUUUACAAUUUGCGUCAGAGCGAUUACGAAACGAUGAAUUGGUGGUAACACAAGCAAUUCAUCAAUUCGGAAAAGCCAUUGAGUUCGCAUCUGCCGAGUUACGUAAAAACAAGAAUCUGCUUCUGCUUGCUGCUGGUACAUCCAAAGACAAUAUUUUGCGAUUUGCACACAAUGACUUGAAAAGCGAUCGUGAAUUUGUCAUGCAAAUUGUUUCCAAGAAUGGUUUAUGUUUGGAUUCAGCUUCGGAUGACUUGAAAAACGAUCGUGAAGUAGUGAAAACAGCUAUUAAGCAAAAUGCAGAGGCAAUUAAGCAGGCGUCACCGGCACUGAGAGAUGAUGCUGAAAUUAUCAUGCAAGUAAUUGUUCGUUUUCCCUAUGCCAUCUAUUUCGCCUCAACGAGACUUCGUAAUGAUUUCAAAUUCGCUGAACGGGUUUUGAAAGCAACAAGCGUUCACUUUGGUUACUUUUCUACAGAAUUGACAAGCAACAAACAUCUUGCACUGUUGGCAGUUGGAAAGCGUGGUUACAAUCUUGAGUGUGUUUCUGAAGAACUUAGGAAUGAUCGACAAGUGGUUUUGAAAGCUGUGAAAGAGCAUGGAUUAGCUCUGCAAUAUGCAUCGUUGUCGUUGCGUGAUGAUUAUGAAAUUGUGAAAGUGGCCUAUAAACGCAGUAAGAGAGCCGUUCUUUAUGCAUCUGAUAACGCUCGCAUGCGUGUGCUUGAGCAUGAAAAGAAUAAGAAAUGUGUAAUUUUAUAA